ACGCUCGCAAGCGCUCCGCGGCGCGCGCUCCUUCACGUGCACUCUCACAAAGCAGGCAUCAAAGCCUUUACGUCAAGCCAGACAGGAAGACGAAAGAAAAUCUGAUAGCACGAUAGCGGAGUCCUCACGUCCCACCGAAACAAAUGCAUACCCGCUCCUCUCGCCCGUGGACAUCCUGUUUCACAGGGAUUUCGUCUGUGUGCACUGAGGCAGAGCUGAUCGUAUGGCAGACACCAGCCCGCCGUGUACCAUCGCCCAUCUGAUCCACUGUGAGAGAAAAUAAUUCGACGUGAGGAAGUGAGAUGAAAAGCCAACAACGACCCUCCCUGCUCGCCUUAUCGGCACUCCUGCUCUGCACGUUACACCAGACAGCUGGAUCCAGCAGCUCAUCAUCAUCAUCAUCAUCAACAACAACAACAUCGGAGGUGAGAGGCAGGAAAAAAUUGGAGACGCCCCAAAACUGGCUUAAACAGACUGACAUCAGUUCCAACUAUGGCAAUGACAGCCACAAAAGUAGGCCAUCGCUAACGCUUAAGGAGGUAACAGGCCAAGUGAAUGGCUUCACUGUCAACACCAGCAGAGGCAAUAUUACUACUGUGACAUCUGAAAGGUCUGGCAGGGCACCAAGCUGGAGCCCAGACGAUGGGGUGUCUCCGCUGUGUGCCUACCGAGUGAUUGAGGGAGGCAUUGGGGGGCAACUGUGUUUUCGACACACUCUGCCUGGGUACAAGUGCCGCAAGGGAGACUGCAGGACAGUGGUGUCAUUGAGGAAUCUGGUGGCAAAUAUUCUUAUCAAUGGCAGCGUACUGUUACAGUGGACCCAUGAGGGAGAAUCCACGAUGACUGGCCGAGACGUGAAGACAAAAGAGCCUGCAUCCGAUCAGAAGAGCAGGGUGGAUCCUGUGACAAGAGGGGAAACUCUCAGAUCAAACACUGUUUUCAGUGGCCGCCGCCACAGACGGGGAGGCUACGAGUUGAGCUGCUGGUGGAACGGAAGUUAUACUCAGUUUGAGUGUGCUGGUGUCCAUCUUGGAUCUGGCUGCAGGGACUUUCUCCUGACUGAGCUGCAUGAGAACAUCCCCUACCGCAUCUGCCUCCGCUCUCUGGUCCACUCCAACCCAGCCCAGAGGGCAGACCAGCGGGACUGUGUGGAGUUUACCCUGCCGCCAUCUGGGAUGCAGGACAUUGUCAUCGCCAUGACAACGGUGGGGGGAGCCAUCUGCGUGAUGCUGGUCAUCAUCUGCUUGCUGGUGGCAUAUAUCACAGAAAACAUCAUGAGCCCCACGACACAGCACUCAUACUCCUACCACACUCACUCACGUCACUGAUGUUACACUGAAUCCAAGAUGCACCGCUAAAUAAAUCAUUACAUUUAACAUCCAUGACGAUCUAAUCUCACAAUCACAGUGACUUGUUGUCAGUAAUAGUCCUUUUUUUAAUCAGCAGCAUAAUAUGAUAGGCCUACACACCCUGGUAUGACUGAAUUGAAGCACAAUCUGCUGUGGCUCUGCAAAUUACAUGCCUUGUCAACCUCUGCAAGGGUGCACUGAACCAAUAGUACUGGUAAUCUACAUUUACUAUUAUAAAAUAGUUUACUGUGUUAUGUUUUUGUUCAAGGUUGUCUGUGAUUGAGUCCGUCAGUCUGUUUGCUGGCAGCAUUUAAACAGCAAUACAAUAAAUGCGGUGGCUUUGAGUACAUGCGAAACAGCAGUUUUUGCUAAAUGUGCAGCCUGUGAAAGUGCCCAGAUGUGUCCUGCUUGUCCUUGAGAGACAAAGAAAAAGUGAACUUUACUGACUUACAUUUUUCCACUUAACUAAAUCAUCACACCAUCUAGUUUUGCUUUUAGGUCUGCAGUACAGUAUUUGUACCAUUUUGUGAAGGGCAAUCCAGUCUUGUGUACAAUCUCCACAUACUGUGCCAAACAUCUUGAGAAUGCCGUUAUGUCCUGCUGUCAGUGAAUAAAGUACCAUGAGGUCAUUUGUAAUACUUUA